CAGAGAGAGAGAUUAGAAUAAGAAUAAGAAUGGGAAUGGCAGUAGCACAUUGUGUUCAGUUCAUGUCACUUGUUAAUCCUGUCAAUAAUAAGUACUACCAUAGGUCAUUAAUCACCCUGCCCACCAAGCCAUCAUCAUCUUCUUCUUCUUCUUCUUCUUCUUCUUCUACUGAUCUCUGCAGUGACACGCCCAGAGUCAGAGAGAAGAGUCGCAGCUGCGUAAGCGUAACCUCCGUCCCCGUCCGUGUGGCUCAUGAACUCCUCCAAGCUGGUCAUCACUAUCUCGACGUCAGAACAUGUGACGAGUUCAGCGGUGGCCAUGUUGUGGGUGCCGUCAAUGUUCCUUUCAUGUUGAGCCUUGGACCGGGAAUGACAAGGAAUCCUAAAUUUGUGGAACAAGUGCUCAAUCACUUUGGCAGAUAUGAUGAGAUCAUCGUUGGUUGUCAAUUAGGUAAGAGGUCGAUCAUUGCUGCGUCUGAGCUCCUCUCUAUGGGGUUUACUGGAGUGACAGACAUGGCUGGUGGAUAUCAAGUGUGGGCGCAGAAUGGGCUUCCAUCCACACAGUCAUACCCUCGCUGUAACCUGUCCCUAUAAUGAAAGGAUGCCCCAACACGGCCGUGUCAAUGUCAUAAUCUAUAGCGAAAGGAUAUACCCAAACACGGCCGUGUGUCAAUGUCAUAAUCUAUAGCGAAAGGAUACCCGAACACGGCCGUGUCAAUGUCAUAAUCCAGAAUGUAUAGUGAGAAUAAUUUGUUGGUUUUAAUAAACAAAUGAAAUUAAUUA